AUGGAACAUGACUGGAUGCACUGCGUAAAUCGCUUAUUGAAAGCAUGGACGGGAUACCAGUUGGGAGUACAGAUGCUCUCCGGUGGGCCAGAAACUUAUCAAAAAGCUGAGUGGUUCGCCGAGGUUUUGGCCGAUCAUGUAUUCAACUCGCAGAACCAGCGAGUUUGUAACUUGACCGAAUGGAUAGGUGACAUUCUGGAUAACGAAUUUAAUCUCAUUUUAGAGGAUAAUAGCAUCGAGUGGCUUGCUUCAUCUUUACUAAAGUGUCAUUUGUGGUUGCGAAAAUGUGAGAAAGCAGAUCUUGAGAAUUUUCUGUCCCAUUUACCGUCCGAAAGUGCUGUACAAACUGCUGCGACAGAAAGUCAAGCGGUAUUAGACAACUCAGAUGAAGAAUGCAGUGACUAUGAAGAACCCAAGCAUGAAAUCCAAAAAGAGCAAGCCAAGAAGCCGUCGAGGAGAUGCAUGGAAACUGAUGAAGAUGGUUGGACUACAGUUGUUCGCAGAUAA